GAUGGCGGUGGCCGAGGCAGGAACAGCUUGCCCACCGGCCAGCAACCGGUUUCGCACGGCUCUCGGGGUCCCGGUAGGCUCUUGCUCCUUCCAGGAGGUAGCAUGGCCCGUGGCCUGAGCCCUGCCGAGUACGACCAUCUCCUGCGGAGCCCCAACGUACGGAACGUCACUACGCAGCUAGGACAGACCAUGUAUCUGCACUGCAUCGUGGACUCGGCUUCGGACCGCAUGAAGGCGCACCGACAAAUUGUGUCGUGGAUCCGACUUCGAGACUUUCAUCUGCUGACCGUGGGACUGACGCGGUACACGUCGGACGAGCGGUUCCAGACGGUGCACAUGCAGUUCUCGAACAACUGGGCGCUGCAAAUACGCGACGCGCAGCUCAGGGACGCCGGCCUUUACGAGUGCUUGGUCAACUCGGACCCGCCACUUCGACAGGUCGUCUCGCUGCGUGUUGUCAUACCCAAGGCCAGCAUCCUAGGCGGCCCUGACUUGCACGUCGAAGCUGGCUCGGCGCUCAAUCUGACGUGCAGCAUCAGCGAGAGCCCCGAGGCGCCGGCGUUCGUCUUCUGGUACCACCAGGGACGCCUGAUCAACUUCGAGCGCGGCGGCCGCGUCAGCGUGGCCAAGGGUCCCAACGGCACGGCCGUGUCGCGCCUCCUGCUGCCAGCCGUGGACGCCGUGGACUCGGGCAACUACACUUGCAAGCCCGCCAACGCCAACGCCACCUGGGUGCUCGUUCACGUUCUCGAGAGCCACCGGCGGCUGGCCGCCGUGCAGAACGACGCCGGCGGCAUGGCGCUCACGGCGGCCGCGACGCCGCACUGCGCAGCCGCCUGCUCGCUGCUGCCACUGCUCGUGUCGCUGCUUGUGCAGUGGCUGCUGGCGUGCGCCCACCACUGCGGUUCCAGGUGACCAGCCGCGGUGGAGACGCAGACUCUGUAAAUAACGCGGUUCACGGCAUACCACGCCCGGUUCCCGCUCGUCAACAGU